CCUCAGGACCAGGUUUGGGAACCUAUCGUGUAGCCUACUGUGUCUACGGCAGUGUCCAUGGAUUGGGAACGUUACCGACAUAAUUGUAUAGCUCAUAUAGAUUUCCUGUGAUAUGCAGAAAUAUUUGACGUCUCUAACGGUGCAGAUUUGAUCAAAUAAAUAAAUAAAUCGGUUAAACAUAACACGAGUUGCAUCUCCAAAAUUUCUUCCACAGGUUUACAGUCGAACCCACGGCUAACACGACGAUUUGCACUGUAUUAUAGCAAGUGAAAUUAAAGCGCCAUCGUGUGUUCACCAUAAGUAAGAACAACCAAGUGCUCUUUUUAGGCGCACCUUGAUGACGUCAGUGUGAAAUUGUUAUGCGUGUUCCUUGCAUGGAUUUUUAAACCGUUGCGACAGAAACCGUGUCGGUUUGGUUAUUUAUAUUAAGUUUGAGCGUUAAACUGUUAUAUUCAUUUAUUUCUAUUUGAAUGAGUAAUAAGAAUACUUGAAAACACGCCGUUAAAAGCAGGAUAACAUUUCAGGAAAAUGCGGAUAAAUGAAGACACUUUACUGGAAGGAAGUAAGGUUGUGUUGGUUCCCUACAACGCUGAACAUGUUCCCAGGUAUCAUCAGUGGAUGAUGUCCGUGGAGCUGCAGAAACUGACAGCGUCUGAACCUUUAACCCUGGAGCAGGAAUAUGACAUGCAGAGAAGCUGGAGAGAGGAUGAGGAUAAGUGCACGUUCAUCAUCCUGGACAAGCAGCGAUGGACAGAUCCGAGCAUCUCAGAGGAAGAGUGCAUGGUGGGAGACAUCAACCUCUUCCUGACGGACCCCAGUGACCUGUCACUGGCUGAGCUGGAGAUUAUGAUAGCAGAGCCCAGCUACAGAGGCAGAGGAUUUGGCAAAGAAGUGACGUGCAUGAUGAUGCAUUACGGCAUCAACAAACUCGGCAUCAAGAAAUUCGAAGUGAAGAUCGGUUUGGAAAACCGGAUCAGCGUAGACAUGUUCAAGAAGCUCCAGUUUCAAGAGCUCUCCAUCAGCGAGGUGUUUCAGGAAGUGACUCUCGGCCUGACUGUGAGUGAGGCAUCAUGGGAAGAGCUGCUGGGCAGCACGGAUAUCGCACAGGAGAGGGAGUACGGAAAAACACGGGACUCUAGGCACGAUGCGAAACAUUCCUUAACCACCGGAGCUGAGGGGAACUGAGAGGAGAGUUGGUUUUAAUAACAGCCAGAGAGUAGAUGGAGAAAUGGUUCACACACGAGUGUCAGAGGAUUAUCUAAACAUCAUUUAUUUUGCUGCUAAAAGUAAAUCUGAUUUGUUAUAUUGCACUUUUAACACAGCCUUUGCGUUCUCUCCAGGCCAAAAUGAUCCGCUUUACAGUGCAACAAAACUCCGAAUGAUUGUUCCACCUUCAAGCAUUUGAAGUGCCUGGCUCAAAAUGAACAUCUUCGUUCUAUAUAAUCUCAUGAUUUAAUAUUAUCUGCCUUUGAAGUCCCCAUGAAAUCAAAAUCGACGUUUUGUGGCUUUUUAGUACGAAAAUGUUCGCCUUAAGGUUAUCCAUAAGCUAGUGCGCUCCAAAACUGUAACAAAAUUCACAUGUAACAUCAACAGUUUUGAUGACAUCAUUCUGCACUUCAGCUUCUCAUCAGAUUUUCUGUCCAAUCAAAGAAUAGAAUUCGACGUGUCCCGCCCCCGACGUUAUAAAAAUCACCUUGCCGAAGUCGCCGUCGUUGAGCAAGAUAAAUAAUUUCAACGAGCGCGUGGCUGUUCGGACGCGUUCAGUUUUAUCCAAGUGUAAGUCGGUUAAGAAGGAAAUAAGAAGCUUGAAUUCAUUCACUUUGAAGGAAGAGAUAUUUGUGACAGCCAUGUUUCUAUGGUACUAACUGUCAAGUACGGCUUAGCCAGGGGCUGUGAGGUAAGCUAAACGCUAUUGGUUGUUUAAAAAGGGGGAGGAGCCACUCGAUACAUCCCAUCCCUGACUUCCUGUUUCAGUGGAAAUUACGUAAACACAUCGAAUAGCACUGCAUGUUUCAAGGCACUUCACGGGGACUUUAAGAAGCAAGUUUACACCAAUGACAUGGAUAUUGGGGGGGGUUGUUGUGGGGGGUAUAUUCGAAGUGUUACAAUCUGAUCUUUUUUUUUCUUUUCAUCACAUGUAAAAUGACACGUUUGUGUAAAAUAUGAAACUCAAAGUCACCUUCCCUUUGUCUCUUCUUUACACUCCCAUCUCUGCACACACACACACACACACACACACACACACACACAGAGUGUUUCGAGUGUUUGGUUUUUAUGCCUUCACAACUGUUUCCGGUUUGUACAUCUGCCCGUCCUUAAAGAUUUUCUCGUCAGUGCGAUAUCAAGAACAAGCGGUCGAAUGUUAGUAGGAUUUCUAUGGAAUAAUCAUCGAAACCAGCAGACGAACUGAUCCUGAA